CUGCACACGGUCAGAAUUCCGCCUCCAUGCAGCAUCCACAGGCGACUAACAUCGAUACAGAAUAAUGUCGUCAAUUGCUAGAGGCCGGCCAUCCCGGCGUGCUGCUCCUCGCAGGAGUUAUGUCCCAGAAGAAACGCCAUCAGAGGAGGAAGAUCCUGGAAAUGUUACCCCCACGGCGCCGUCCCGGCAUGAAGAUGAUGACGACGAAGAGGAGGGCGAACGCACCCCAGUUCCCAAGAGACCCAGUGGAGUCAAAAGAUCAUCUCGCAGACAAGUAACGGCUGAACCGACAGAGGCGCCUACAUCCAUAUCGAGUACCACCCGCACGACACGCAAACCCCGCAAGUCCAGGACGGUGGACCCUUCGGAAUCGUCGCAGCUGGUCGAUGAAGGCGAAAGUCUUGCCAGCAUUAGAGAACCACAAACUACAUCCACAAUAAGCGCUUCUCGUGCGACACGCAGGCCCCGCAAAUCGAGGACGGUCGACCCAUCGGAGUCAUCGCAGUUGCUCGACGAAGGUGAAAGCUUUGCAAGCAUCAGAGCGCCAGAGGACCCAGCUGCAUCCAGCGCUCCUCGCACAACACGCAGAACCCGCAAGUCAAGAACCGUUGACCAGUCCGAAUCGUCGCAGUUGAUUGAUGAAGGUGAAAGUCUCGCCAGUGCCCAGGAUCCAGAAGAGACGAGCGCACCUCGUAUGGCGCGUAGAACGCGCAAGUCCAGAGCUGUAGACCCAUCGGAGUCAUCGCAGCUUGCAGAAGAAGGUGAAAGUCUUGCAAGCGUCAGGGAACCCGAAGUGCCCCUCACCUCCAGUGCCCCGCGGUGCAGAACACGCAGGUCAAGGACAGUGGAACCGCUGGAGUCAUCGCAACUGCCGGAGCCCAAUGAAGAGGGCGACAGUAUUGCAACAGUCACAGCACCGGAUCUCUCGUCUGAGAAGACGCCCGUGCAAGUGAAAACAAAGGAGCCCUCCACCUCACCCCCACCUCAGCCUCAACUUCAAAGAGAAAGUGUGCCUCCACUUGGCGAUAUUACCGAGGCGGCAGUGAAUAAGUCGUCGUCGAAGUCACCAUCGAAAUCGAAUGAAGAUGAGAAGCCACAAAUUCCACUCAUCGACCCGAACACAACGGUGCUCGAGAAGCCCAUGGACAUAAUGCUGAAAUCCCGGACGAUGGCUCCGUCCGCCUCCCAGGAGCCGUCGGGCCCGACUAGUCGCUUGAUGAUCACCACUUUGGUUAUGAUGAAUUUCAAGAGUUACGCAGGAAAGCAGAUCGUUGGUCCCUUCCAUGCAUCCUUCUCUUCCGUUGUCGGACCGAAUGGAUCGGGGAAAUCGAAUGUUAUUGAUGCAUUGUUGUUUGUAUUCGGAUUCCGAGCAAGCAAAAUGCGUCAGGGCAAGAUAUCGGCUCUGAUUCAUAAUUCUGCCAAUCACCCAAACUUGCCAUCGUGUGAAGUCGAGGUCCACUUCCAGGAGAUCAUUGAUCAGCCGAAUGGCACUCAUGAAGUAGUACCAGAUUCCCAACUAAUUAUUUCCCGGAGGGCGUUCAGAAACAACAGCAGCAAAUACUAUAUGAAUGCCAAGGAGACGAGCUUUACCGCAGUGACGACGCUACUUCGCGACCGUGGUAUUGAUUUGGAUCAUAAACGAUUCUUGAUCCUUCAAGGUGAAGUUGAGUCUAUUGCUCAGAUGAAGCCUAAGGCCGCCAACGAACACGAGGAUGGGCUCUUGGAGUAUCUCGAGGAUAUUAUCGGAACUUCAAAGUACAAGACGCCUAUCGACGAGGCGGCCACGGAGCUUGAGCAGCUGAACGAUGUCUGCGUCGAAAAGAAUAAUCGUGUCCAGCACGUUGAGAAGGAAAAGGUCGCCCUCGAGGACAAGAAGGACAAGGCUCUUUCUUACAUCCGGGACGAGAAUGAGCUAUCUGAGAAACAGUCGGCUCUCUACCAAAUCUACAUUGAUGAAUGUGCGGACAAUAUCCGAGUCACUGAAGAGGCCAUCCUACAGAUGCAAGAACUCCUAAACAUGGAGCUUGAAAAGCACGAGGGUAACGAAUCUGGUAUCAAAGAGCUCGAGAAAGCCUACAAACGUGGGAUGCGGGAAUAUGAGAACAUGGAAAAAGAGGUGCAGGCGCUUGUCAAGGAAAUGGCUAAGUAUGACAAGGAGAACGUGAAGUUCGAAGAGAAGAAGAAGUUCCUGGUCGGCAAGCAGAAGAAGCUGGAGAAGACAAUGCAAAGCACUCGGCUGGCUGCUUCCGAAUGUGAGAGUCUGGUGCAGAAACAUUCCGAUGAUAUCGAGAAGAAGACCAAGGAAACAUCCGAGCUUGAGAAAGAGAUGAAGGUCGAAGAGCAGGAAUUGGCCGACAUUCGUGAGAGUCUAAAAGGCAAAACCCAAGGCCUUUCGGAUCAGAUUACCGCAAAGCAGAAGUCGCUUGAGCCUUGGGAUGAGAAAAUCAACAAAAAGCUCUCGGCUGUGGCUGUGGCACAGAGUGAGCUUGACAUCCUUUACGAGCGAAGCAACGCUGGUGCUGUUCUGCUCGAAGAAGCGCAAUCAAAGAUCACUUCGAUUGAGGAAACCCUAGCAACCAAGGAGAACGAUCUUGAGGAACGCAAAGCCCAGAAAGCUACCCUUGAGGAAGAGGUGGCUAAGCUGAAACACGAUCUCAAGAAGUACGCCAAUAGAGAGCCCGAGGUACGAGCCCAUGUCUCCAGUGCUCGACAGAGGGCGGAAGAGGCACGAGCCAGCCUUGCAAGCACUCAAAAUCGUGGUAGCGUCCUAUCUGGAUUGAUGCGUCUCAAAGAGUCUGGUCGCAUCGAGGGCUUCCAUGGUCGCCUUGGAAAUCUUGGUAUGAUCGAUGAGAAGUUUGACGUUGCUAUCUCGACGGCAUGUCCUGCUCUGGAUAACAUGGUGGUUGACACGGUUGAAGUUGGACAACAAUGCAUCGACUAUCUACGAAAGAACAACCUUGGUCGGGCCAACUUCAUCCUCCUUGACCGUCUCCCUCGUCGAGACAUGUCCAAGGUCUCUACUCCGGAGAAGGUUCAUCGACUCUUCGACCUAGUCAAGCCAAAGGAUCCCAAAUUUGCUCCAGCUUUCUAUAGCGUGAUGCAGAACACGCUAGUGGCCGAGGACUUGGAACAGGCCAACCGCAUCGCAUAUGGUGCCAAGCGCUGGCGAGUCGUGACUCUUGAUGGCCAGCUCAUCGAUACUUCUGGAACGAUGAGUGGCGGUGGUACCCGAGUCGCACGGGGCGCCAUGUCGUCAAAACUAGUUGCUGAUACAAGUCGAGAGCAGGUGGCCAAGCUGCAGAGUGACUUGGAGGAGACGGAGAGGAAGUUCCAACACUUCCAGGAGAAACAAAGACAGAUGGAGGCGGCAAUCAGGGAGAGGAUGGACGAAAUUCCACGGAUAGAGACUAAGAUCCAAAAGAUCUUGAUUGAAAUCGACAGUGCCAACCGCAGUCUUGCAGAUGCUCAGCGUCGCGUCCAAGAGCUGAGCGCUGAGCACAAGCCAUCCAAGACGGAUGCCAGCCGAGCGAGGAGCCUUGAAAAGCAGAUUGCCGCCCUCGAAGAAGAGAUCGAAGAUCUCCGCGAACAGAAAGGCGGGAUUGAGCAGGAGAUCCAGACCCUGCAAAACAAGAUCAUGGAGGUUGGCGGUGUGAGACUCCGUGGACAAAAAGCCAAGGUCGACGGCCUCAAAGAGCAGAUCAACCUCCUAUCCGAGGAAAUCUCGAAUGCUGAAGUGGGCAAGUCCAAGAACGAGAAGCUCAUCGCAAAGCACUCGAAAGCUCACGCCGAGGCGGAGAGGGAGCUUGAGCAUGUUGCAGAGGAGCUUGAUAAGUUGAACGAAGACGUGGCCAAUCAGGCCAGCGAUGCAUCCGGCUGGAGGCAAAAGGUGGAGGAAGGCCAAGAUGCUCUGGAAACCAAGCAGGAAGGCCUCCAAGCCAUGAAGGCCGAGCUUGACGAGAAGGUUGCUGAACUGAACGAGUCUCGCGCCACGGAGAUUGAGAUGCGCAACAAGCUUGAAGAGAACCAGAAAGCUCUCGCCGAGAACGAAAAGCGCGGCCGCUACUGGCAGGACAAAUUAUCCAAGCUGACGCUGCAGAACAUCAGUGAUCUGGGCGAGGAGCAUCAGGCCACCGAGCUUCAGGUGUUCACGAAAGAUGAGCUGUCCGAGAUGAACAAGGAGUCGCUGAAAGCCACGAUUGCUGUCUUGGAAGAGAAGACUCAAAAUGCGUCGGUCGACCUGACUGUGAUUGAGGAGUAUCGCCGUCGAGCAACCGAACACGAAGCUCGCUCGGCCGAUCUGGCCACUGCGCUCGCCGCACGGGAUAGUGCUAAAGCUCGCCUUGACGGUCUUCGGUCCGCCCGUUUGAACGGAUUCAUGGAAGGGUUUGGUAUCAUCUCUCUUCGCCUGAAGGAGAUGUACCAGAUGAUCACUAUGGGCGGUAAUGCCGAACUGGAGUUGGUCGACUCACUCGACCCUUUCUCCGAGGGAAUCCUGUUCUCGGUGAUGCCACCGAAGAAGAGUUGGAAAAACAUUGCCAACUUGUCGGGUGGAGAGAAGACGCUAUCCAGUCUGGCACUGGUGUUUGCUCUGCAUCACUACAAGCCUACACCUCUGUACGUGAUGGACGAGAUCGACGCUGCCCUGGAUUUCCGAAAUGUCUCUAUCGUGGCAUCUUAUAUCAAGGAGCGAACCAAGAACGCCCAAUUCAUCGUCAUUUCGCUGAGAAACAACAUGUUCGAGCUUGCCUCCCGACUGGUCGGUAUCUACAAGGUCAAUCACAUGACCAAGAGUGUCACAAUCGAGAACAAGGACUACAUCAAUAGGCGGUGAUUCGGUGCUGGACGCGUGCUCAUGACUUUUUUUUUUCUAUGUGUUCAGUGUAUGUAUUCAGGAUGGUUGGGACAGGACGGACAAACGGUGUGCGGGUUUGGAAAUCACUUGCUCUUGCUCUUACUCCACGGCUGGGAAGAAUGAUGACGAUGAUGACUUUUUGCUUAAUGGUGAUUCGGGACUGGAUGAAUUCCAUUCUUGUUCUGCGGGAUUGGCUUGUUCCAGUUUGGGGCACUUUCAUGAGGGGUUUUUUUUUUUUUUUUUUU